AUUUUUUUCUUCUUCUUCUUGUUUCAACUCUAUUAUCCACUUAUUUAGUGUCCUUUUGGAAAUUAACGGCCAAGACAUCUAAGCGGAAUUACAACGGACCAAAAAUAGCGCCAAAGCCGUGACAAUGGCGACCUUUUCCCUCGAGAACUCAUCCCGAGCUUUAUGAUUGUUUCUUCUCCAUCUCUUUCUUCCUUGCUUGAGGUCCCCUCCUACUUUUGCGCCGGUUUUAUAGACCCAACUUUGUAUAUUUUCACACUCACCCCCUUUUCAAUCAUCCCACUCCACUCCCUCUCAUCUCAAGUCUCAACCUUUCUAUUCUCAAAAUCUUUACCGUUUCUUGAUUCUUUCUUGUGCCCAAGACAGUAGCAGUGGAUGAUUCAGAGAUUUCUCCUUUGGUUUCUAGAAUUUCAGCUCCCAUGACUUCUUGAUCUGUAAAUUUCUUUGCAUAUCUAUUUUCUCUCUUAAAGGUGAUCUGAGCAGCUGCCUUACAAAGCAGUCUCCUGCCAAUUAGUGAGAUGGCGAAGGAGUAUGGUGGAUCCCCAAAGCUUCAACAGCUGGAAACAAGGAGAAAACAGCUGACUUGGAUUUUGGGAGUAAGUGGUCUUUGCAUUGUUUUCUAUAUUCUUGGAGCUUGGCAGAGUACAACCUCAAUCCCUGCUGGUCAAUCCGAAGUCUAUACGCGUGUUGGGUGUGACAAUGCGUCAUCAUCUGGAAAAGGAAACACCGAAAAUCCAGCAAUGGCACAACAGACAGCUCCACUUGAUUUUGAAAGCCAUCACCAGUUAGAGGUGAGCGAUGACGCCGAGGAGCAUAAAAACAUCCCACCUUGUAAUAUGUCAUACAGCGAGUACACCCCUUGCCAGCACCCACCCAGAGGUAGGUUGUUUCCUCGUGAAAUGUUGAAGUACAGGGAGAGGCAUUGCCCUACAAAGGAUGAGCUCCUCACCUGCCUCAUUCCUGCUCCACCAAACUACAAGAAGCCUUUCAAGUGGCCUCAAAGUAGGGACUAUGCCUGGUUUGCUAAUAUCCCCCACAAAGAGCUUAGUGUUGAGAAGGCUGUUCAGAACUGGGUCCAAGUUGAAGGUGACCGCCUCCGGUUUCCAGGUGGUGGCACCAUGUUUCCGCGUGGGGCUGAUGCUUACAUAGAUGAUAUUAGUGAGCUUAUUCCCCUUACAAGUGGAGCAAUUCGAACCGCAGUUGAUACUGGUUGUGGGGUUGCAAGUUGGGGUGCUUAUUUGUUGAAGCGAGACAUAGUGGCAAUGUCAUUUGCUCCAAGAGAUACACAUGAAGCGCAGGUAUGGUUUGCACUGGAGAGAGGAGUUCCAGCUAUGAUUGGGGUCAUGGGUUCUCAAAGACUUCCAUAUCCUGCAAGAGCUUUUGAUAUGGCUCACUGCUCACGCUGCUUGAUACCUUGGGCCGCGAGUGAUGGGCUGUAUUUAACUGAAGUUGACAGAGUGCUUAGGCCCGGAGGGUACUGGAUACUUUCGGGCCCUCCUAUCAACUGGAAGCAAUACUGGAGAGGGUGGGAGAGGACCAAAGAAGAUUUGAAGCAAGAGCAGGACUCCAUUGAGGAUGUCGCCAGACGAUUGUGCUGGAAAAAGGUCAUUGAAAAGGGUGAUCUUUCUGUCUGGCAAAAGCCCAUUAACCACCAUGCCUGUUCCCGGAGAAGAUCCAUGUCCAAUACACUGUCCAUUUGCCAGUCAAAUGAUGCUGAUGCAGCUUGGUACAAAGAUAUGGAAUCAUGUAUAACACCACUGCCCGAGGUAAGCAACGUGAAUGAGGUGGCAGGGGGUGCAUUAGAGAACUGGCCAGAGCGUGCAUUUGCUGUCCCACCCAGGAUUAGCAGUGGCUCAUUACAGGGGAUCACAGCUGACACAUUCAAAGAGGAUAAUGAAGUGUGGAAGCAAAGGGUUGCAUAUUAUAAGAAUAUUGCGAGUCCCUUACACCAAGGGCAGUACCGGAACGUAAUGGACAUGAAUGCUAAUUUAGGUGGGUUUGCAGCUGCAUUGUUGAAGUAUCCGGUGUGGGUAAUGAAUGUGGUCCCAGCUAACAUACAACCAGACACCUUGGGCGUAAUCUAUGAACGAGGCUUCAUUGGAACAUACCAAGAUUGGUGCGAAGCGUUCUCUACCUAUCCACGAACGUAUGAUCUCAUCCAUGCAGGCCAAGUCUUCAGCUUAUAUAAAGACAGGUGUGACAUUGUCAAUAUCCUCCUCGAGAUGGACAGGAUCCUAAGGCCAGAAGGGACUGUCAUAUUCAGAGAUGCAGUUGAAGUUUUGGUGAAGAUCAAAGGUGUAACAGAUAGAAUGAGAUGGGAAAGUCGGAUUGUAGAUCAUGAAACGGGACCAUUUAACCCGGAGAAGAUUCUUGUGUCUGUGAAAAGUUACUGGACGGGAAGCACUUAAAUAAGGCUGUUUUGUCCCCCUUGGCUUAAAGUAUAGGAUAUACUUCGUAUCUAAUACCUUCAACAUGUUUUUUCAUAAGUAAUAACAACACUCUUUUACUUGUGCAGGAAGAAGGUACAUAGAUUGUAGAGUAGUACUGGAACAUGGAAUCAACCCCCCCCCCCCCCCCUCCCUCCCUCCAACUUUCUAUUGAUAUACUUAUUCUUUAAUUAUAUCUUGAAAGGGUGAUGGCUGUAGAGCCAAGUGCCUUCAUUAAAUCAA